AUGCCGACACGAACAACAACAUCACCGCGCGACACCCGCACGCUCAUGGAACGCUUCUCAGAUGCACUAGUCUACAUUCUCGCUUUCCCCUUUAUAAUCUUUGGCAUUGCGUUGAAGAAUGCGUUUACGGGACAAGGUCAACAUCGCUCUUAUCGCAAGAAUCUGCCGGCGCAGAAGAGGAUAUAA